AUGGCCGUGGUGUUGGCCGGCGGCGGCCAGUCUGCGCCUGCGCAGGCCACCGGCGAAUCGACUUCGGCCGCCUUCCGCACCCGAUCUGAAUCCCAUUUGCUGUUGGUCGGAGAUCCGGGCACAGGCAAGUCGCAGCUGCUCAGGUUCGCCACCAAAAUCAUCCCUCGCUCAGUGUUGACGACCGGGGUUGGAUCUACAGCGGCAGGGUUGACUGUAACCGCUACCAUGGAACAAGGCGAAUGGCACCUGGAAGGUGGCGCUUUGGUGAUGGCCGAUGGCGGAAUUUGCUGCAUUGACGAAUUCAAUUCGAUGAAGGAGCACGACCGAACCACCAUUCACGAGGCCAUGGAACAACAAACCAUCAGUGUUGCCAAGGCCGGUAUUGUUGCCAAACUGAACACGCGUUGUUCGAUUUUAGCAGCUUGCAACCCAAAAGGUAACAUAGACCCAUCGCAAUCGGUGGCCAUGAACGUCGCGUUGCCCAGCCCGUUGCUGAGCCGCUUCGAUCUGAUCCUGAUGCUCAGAGACGUGGUCGACGACGAGUGGGACGAAAGGGUGGCCGACUACAUUCUCAACGGCGGACACGAAUUCUCCAAGUUGACCGACAGCGGUCUGUGGACUGUGGAUGUCUUACAAUCGUAUUUUGUUACGAUCAAGAAACUGGACCCCAAACUGACAGAAGACGCAGAAACCAUUCUUGGCGCGUAUUAUCAAAUGCAGAGAGGGAUCGACAGUAGAAACAAAGCCAGAACUACUGUGCGUUUAUUAGAGAGUUUAGUGAGGUUAUCUCGAGGUCAUGCCAGGCUGAUGUUUCACGAAAAAAUCGAGGUGGUGGACAGCAUUUACGCCAUAAUAUUGUCGGAUAUCGCGAUGGAUCGCGAUUCCGCCAUACUGAAUUUGAACAUCACCAUGAAUAGUGUGUUUCCCGAAAGGCCUAUGGUCGAUUACAGAACGAUGUUGGAGGCCAUUUUGACUAGAUUGCAGUUGACGGAGAUACUCGAGAGGGAACUAAAGGCGAUUCCUAAGAUUAAUUACGGUAAA